AUGGCCUCGGGAGCUGGAGGCAUAGGAGGGGGCGGUGGCGGCAAGAUCCGGACUCGGCGUUGCCACCAGGGGCCAAUUAAACCUUACCAGCAGGGGCGACAACAGCACCAGGGCAUUCUCAGCAGGGUUACAGAAUCUGUUAAGAAUAUUGUGCCAGGAUGGCUACAAAGAUACUUCCACAAGAGUGAAGAUGUAUGUAGCUGCUCAACAGACACAAGAGAGGUGGCACAGUGGCCGGAAAAUAGGGAAGAUGACCAUAUAAUAUAUGCUGAUGAGGAGAACCCUAACAUUCAUGAUGGGAGAAUCACUCCUGAGCCAACAGUCAGUAAUACAGAAGAACCCUCAACAACUAGUACUGCUUCAAAUUAUCCAGAUGUAUUAACAAGGCCUUCUCUUCAUCGGAGCCAUCUGAAUUUCUCCAUGUUGGAAUCUCCUGCAUUACACUGUCAGCCCUCCACAUCUUCGGCAUUCCCAAUUGGCAGUUCUGGAUUUUCCCUCGUAAAGGAAAUUAAAGAUUCUACCUCUCAGCAUGAUGAUGAUAACAUCUCAACCACCAGUGGUUUUUCUUCAAGAGCUUCUGAUAAAGAUAUAGCUGUUUCAAAGAACACUUCAGUACCACCUCUGUGGUCCCCAGAGGCUGAACGUUCUCAUUCACUCUCACAGCACACUGCCACCAGCUCAAAAAAACCAGCAUUCAACUUGUCUGUCUUUGGAACACUUUCUCCUUCACUUGGGAAUUCUUCAGUUCUUAAAACAAGUCAGCUUGGAGACUCUCCUUUUUACCCUGGAAAAACGACAUAUGGUGGGGCAGCAGCUGCUGUAAGACAGUCUAAACUACAAAACACACCCUAUCAGGCACCAGUCAGAAGACAGAUGAAAGCUAAGCAACUGAACGCACAAUCCUAUGGUGUGACUAGUUCAACAGCUCGGAGGAUAUUGCAGUCUUUAGAGAAGAUGUCAAGCCCUUUAGUGGAUGCAAAAAGAAUUCCAUCUGUUUUUUCUUCUCCUCUGAAUUCCCCUCUUGAUAGGAGUGGGAUAGAUACCACCACAAAUUUUCAGGCCAGAAGGGAAAAGGUGGACUCUCAACACCCCCCUGUUCAGAGACUCAUGACCCCAAAGCCAGUUUCCAUAGCAGCAAAUCGAACUGUUUAUUUUAAACCAUCUCUGACCCCAUCUGGUGAAUUAAGGAAGACUAAUCAAAGAAUAGAUAAAAAGCACAGUACUGGAUAUGAAAAAAAUAUGACACCAGGACAAAAUAGAGAACAGCGAGAAAGUGGCUUUUCUUACCCAGAUUUCAGUGUGUCUGCAGCCAAUGGUUUGUCUUCUGGAGUAGGUGGUGGAGGUGGGAAGAUGAGGCGAGCGAGGACGCGCUUUGUGGCAUCUGAACGUCAAGAGGAGGAGGAAAUGCAAGUCCCAGUAUUACCGAGAAUCUCUCUACCCAUCACCAGUUCUUCACUGCCUACCUUCAGUUUUAGUUCUUCUACGAUCACAACUUCCUCUCCAUCACCCACUACUCCUUCACAAUCAUUAACAAACCAGGUACAGAUGACCUCUCCAAACAGCACUGGCAGCCCCUUGUUUAGAUUUUCAUCUCCAAUUGUAAAAUCUACUGAGGCAGAUGUACUACCUCCGUCAUCUAUUGGAUUUACAUUUAGUGUGCCCGUGGCAAAGACAGCAGAAUGUUAUGGCACUAGUAGUGCCUCAGAGCCACUUACAAGGAGUUCAGCUCAAGAUAUCACUGCAGUGAACAGUCCAAGCUGUAAGGAGAAACCAGAUGAAGAUUGCAAGGGCCCUUUCAAACCUGCAAAAACCCUGAAAGAAGGAAGUGUCCUAGAUGUUCUGAAGAGCCCUGGUUUCACAUCACCAAAGGCAGAUUCUCUUGCUGCUCAACCUACCACCACAAGCCUGGUAGUUUAUUCAAGACCAGCAAUAAGUAGCUUUUCUUCUAGUGGAAUUGGGUUUGGGGAAAGUUUAAAACCUGGGUCAUCGUGGCAGUGUGAUACCUGUCUACUCCAGAACAAAGUUACAGACAACAAAUGUGUAGCCUGUCAAGCAGCAAAAUUGCCACCAAAAGAUACUGCUAAACAGACUGGAACUGGGACACCAAGUAAAAGUGGCAAACCAACUGUUUCUGCACCAGAGACAGGCUUUGGAGACAAAUUUAAACCAGCAGCAGGAGCUUGGGAUUGCGAUACCUGUUUAGUGCAAAAUAAACCUGAAGCGAUAAAAUGUGUAGCUUGUGAAACACCGAAACCGGGAACUGGUGUUAAGCGAGUCCUUGCGUUGCCAGUGGCUUCAGAAAGCGCUGUUACUGUGGCUGCUUCCUCCUCCAGCUGCACUGAGACCACUGGUGCCUUAGGAUUUACAGAUAAAUUCAAAAGGCCCGUGGGAUCUUGGGAGUGUCCAGUGUGCUGUGUUUCUAAUAAUGCAGAAGACAAUAAAUGUGUGUCCUGUAUGUCUCAGAAACCAGGAACUUCAGUACCUGCUUCAAGUAGCAGCACUGUCUCUGUCUCUCUGUUGUCUGGAGGCUGCCUAGGAUUGGACAAGUUCAAGAAACCUGAGGGAAGCUGGGACUGUGAAGUGUGCCUAGUGGAGAAUAAAGCAGAUUCUACCAAAUGCGUAGCAUGUGACAGUGCAAAGCCGGGCACAAAGUCUGAGUUUACAGGCUUCAGCCCAUCUUCCUCAUCUUCGAACCCAGCAACCUCAUCCUUCAAAUUUGGCAUCCCAUCAUCCUCUUCUGGGCCUUCUCAGACUUUAACAAACACUGGAAAUUUUAAAUUUGGAGAUCAAGGAGGUUUCAAAAUAGGUGUGUCAUUAGAUUCUGGGUCUGUAACCCCUUUGAGUGAAGGCUUUAAAUUUUCUAAACCAAUAGAUUUUAAAUUUGGAGUUUCAUCUGAUUCUAAACCUGAAGAAGUUAAAAAAGAUAGUAAAAAUGAUAAUAAUUUUAAGUUUGGACUUGCUUCUGGUUUAAGCAGUCCGCCUUCUUUAGCUCCAUUUCAGUUUGGGGUGUCUAGUCUUGGGCAGCAAGAAAAGAAAGAAGAACCGCCGAAAUCUUCAUCUGCAGGCUUUGGCUUUGGUUCCGGUGUCAUUAACCCUCCCCCUGCUGCUACUGACACCACAGUGACCUCUGAGAGCAAGAGCAGCUUCAGUUUUGGAACCGUGGACACCAAGAGUGUCCCAGGGGCUCCUUUCACAUGUCAAACGCCAGAAGCAAAAAAAGAAGAAACCCCUGCCUCCAAAGGAGGGUUCACUUUUGGCAGCGUGGACCCUGCCCCCCUGCCAUCUGCCUCGUUGUUUGUUUUGGGAAGGACAGAAGAGAAACAGCAAGAGCCUGUCACGUCUACAUCUCUAGUGUUUGGGAAAAAAGCUGACAGUGAAGAGCCAAAGUGUCCACCACUGUUUUCCUUUGGGAACUCAGAGCAAACCAAAGACGAGGGUUCUUCCAAGUCUUCGACCUUUAGUUUCAGUAUGGCAAAACCAUCUGAGAAGGAAUCUGAACAGCCAACGAAGGCCACUUUUGCUUUUGGAGCUCAAACCAGUACUACAGCUGAUCAAGGUACAGCAAAGCCAGUUUUCAGUUUCUUGAACGACAGUUCCUCUAAUUCAAGUACACCAGCCACUUCAGCUGGUGGUGGCAUAUUUGGUAGUUCCACCUCGUCCUCCAGUGCGCCUGCGGCUGCCUUUGUAUUUGGACAGGCCAGCAGUCCUGUGAGCAGCUCUGCCUUUGGGAACUCUGCCGAAUCCAGUACCUCUCAGUCUUUGCUAUUUUCUCGAGAGAGCAAACCAGCAACCACGUCGAGCGCAGGCACAGCUGUCGCCCCAUUUGUCUUUGGUCCGGGUGCCAGCAGCAGUGAUACUGCCGCCUCUGGUUUCAGCUUUGGAGCUCCCACCACAUCGAGCUCUGCAGGAUCCUCCUUUGUAUUUGGCACUGGACCUUCAGCACCAUCUGCCAGUCCAGCGUUCGGUGCUAACCAGACCCCAACAUUUGGACAAAGUCAAGGUGCCAGCCAGCCUAACCCCCCAGGCUUUGGAUCUAUAUCUUCUUCAGCAGCAUUAUUUUCUGCUGGUUCUCAGCCUGCGCCACCUACUUUUGGGACAGUGUCAAGCAGUAGCCAGCCUCCCGUGUUUGGACAGCAGCCUAGUCAGUCUGCAUUUGGCUCUGGAACAGCUCCUAAUUCCAGUUCUGUUUUCCAGUUUGGCAGCAGCGCUACAAAUUUCAACUUCACAAACAAUAAUCCAUCAGGAGUGUUCACGUUCGGCGCAAAUGCCAGCACACCUGCAGCCUCAGCCCAGCCCUCUGGCUCGGGGGGCUUUCAAUUUAGCCAGUCUCCAGCGGCGUUUUCUGUGGGGUCAAAUGGGAAAAACUCAUUCUCUUCUGGAACUUCAGUUUCUGGUCGCAAGAUAAAGACUGCUGUUAGACGCAGGAAAUAA